GGCCGAGGAGGAGCUGCGGGGCGCAACCCUCCGUGCCAGCAUGGACCCGCCCCGCCGUAUUCGCAAGCCCCAAACCCCGAAGAGGCGCGUCUCCAGCCCUGUCCCCGGCCCCUCCCGGCCGAGCAUCUCCUUAGGCGCUUCCUCCCGCCCGCGUGGCCGCCGGAGAUCCCAGGUUCUGAAGGAGAUCCGAAAGCUUCAGAAGAGCACACACCUGUUGUUACGGAAGAGUCCCUUCAGCCGCCUGGCAAGAGAAAUCUGUGUCAGAUUCACUCAUGGUGUGGACUUCAGUUGGCAAGCCCAAGCCCUGUUGGCCCUACAAGAGGCGGCAGAAGCAUUUCUAGUCCAUCUCUUUGAGGACGCCUAUCUCCUCUCCUUACAUGCUGGCCGAGUUACUCUCUACCCAAAGGAUGUGCAGCUCGCCAGGAGGAUCCGAGGCAUCCAGGAAGGGCUCGGCUGAGCUCCUGCCACCCAGCUUGGUGAGCCUUUCCUGCUCACCAGAGGUGAUACCAGGGACUCCGUCCCGAGGAACAGAUCCAUGGAGUAUGAGGUGCAGCCUGUACUCGCUGUCUCUGAGCAGAGUGGACACAUUAUUUUUGUAAUUUCUUUUUUAAGAAGGAGAAGACUGCAUGGCUUCCUCUGUAACAGAGGUAAUAUGUGAGAAAAUCAACACAUUUCCAAAGGUCUGAGAAUUAUUUUCAGCUAACUAGACUCCAGGGUUUGCAAAUUAUUCAAAGGACUAUUUAAUGACUUUGAAGACAUCAGAUUUUCUGGGUUAUGGGAGAAAAGGAUAUUUAGUAAUUAUUUUAGAUCUUCUGUACCAUUUAACAUUUUUACCAUAUGUAUAUUUACUUUUUUAAAAAAUAUAAGGAGAAAAAGAAGACCACUUCAGCCAGCUGCAUGGAGGAACUUGGCACGUUGAACAUAUAAAUCUCUGUCUUUCAGAUUAAGCUCAGCUUUAGUGGCUGCAGCAAGUUCCUGUGUGGACUGUGCCUGUCAACAAAUGUAUAGCUUUUCUAAAACUCAAUUGGGGUUAAAAUUAUUUAAAUCUUUAAGUUUUGAUGUUCUAGUUUCUUGUAACAAAUUCCUAUAAAAAUCACUCAGAAAUUCUAACUUGUAGAAUUUCUCUUAUUUGUAAACCACAGAAGAUAUAUCAUAACUUAUAUGUUAGAAUUUUUCAUUCCAGGAUUUUAAAGUGCCUUUCCAGUGUCUUUAUAGGUAUUUUUAUAACUUCUUUGUAAAGAGAUAAUAAAAAUUAAAAUAAUUCUUUAAUGAAAAAAUUUUAAGGGAAGUUACUGUUUUAGCAUACAGAGGUUAUACUGUAUUUUUGGUUUGCUAACAUUGAGUUCUUCAUUUGUACACUGUGUGCAAACAGCCAACGUUGAAACAAGAUUGAAGGGAUGUGUUUUUGCCUCCAGUUGAGUAGAGAAUGAGCAGAUGAAAACCUUGCCCUUACCAUUGUAACUGAAAGCAGUUUAAGAGAUUUCCAGAGAAGUGGGAAGUCCUACCCAAAGAUUUUUUUAUUUUAUGUUUGGUGAAAAUGAUUAGUAAGGGGGAGAUCACUAAUAAUGCUGUGUUGGUCAACUGAAUUCAGAGAAACAUUAAAAAGAAGGACCAAGCUCUAUUGUUAAUAAAUUUUAACCCUUUGGAAAAA